CCUCAAUCCUACCAUUCUUCUCCGCGACCACCCUCCAUCAAUCAAACUCACACCCAUCCUUCGGUAGAUCGUCAUCACCAUGCUCUUCAACACCUCGAGGACCCUUCUUUCUCGGGCCGCGCUCCGUACCAUCAGGACCACCCCCGUUGCUGCCGCCGCCGUCCGUGUUCCAGCGUUCAAGUUGCCAUCACAGCUGCAGGCUCGCCACGCUAGCUCUGGUACUAGGGAGUACACGGUGCGAGAUGCUCUGAACGAGGCUCUCGCGGAGGAGCUGGAGAGAAAUCCUAAGGUCUUCAUCUUGGGAGAGGAAGUUGCUCAGUACAACGGUGCGUAUAAGGUCACCAAGGGCCUGCUGGACAGAUUUGGUGACAAGAGGGUCAUUGAUACUCCCAUCACCGAGCACGGUUUCACCGGUUUGGCCGUCGGAGCUGCUCUUGCUGGCUUGCAUCCUGUGUGCGAGUUCAUGACCUGGAACUUUGCUAUGCAAGCCAUUGACCAGAUCAUCAACUCGGGAGCCAAGACUCACUACAUGUCUGGCGGCAUCCAGCCUUGUAACAUCACCUUCCGUGGACCCAACGGUUUUGCCGCCGGUGUCGCCGCCCAGCACUCGCAGGAUUACUCCGCAUGGUACGGUUCUAUUCCCGGUCUGAAGGUUGUCUCUCCCUGGAGUGCCGAAGACGCCAAGGGACUCCUCAAGGCUGCCAUCCGCGAUCCCAACCCUGUUGUCGUCCUCGAGAACGAGCUGCUAUACGGACAGGUCUUCCCCAUGUCUGAGGAGGCCCAGAGCAGCGACUUCGUCCUGCCCAUCGGAAAGGCUAAGAUUGAGCGUGUCGGAAAGGACGUCACCAUCGUCUCGCUCUCCCGCACCGUCGGACAGUCUCUCAUCGCCGCCGAGAACCUCAAGAAGAAGUACGGUGUCGAGUGCGAGGUCAUCAACCUGCGCUCCGUCAAGCCUCUCGACGUUGAGGCUAUCGUCCAGUCCGUCCAGAAGACCCACCACUUGGUUGCUGUCGAGUCCGGAUUCCCGAGUUUCGGUGUUGCAUCUGAGAUCCUCGCUCUGAGUAUGGAGUACAUGUUCGACACUCUCGAUGCCCCCGCUCAGCGUGUCACCGGAGCCGAGGUUCCUACUCCUUACGCCGCAGGUCUUGAGGCCCUUUCAUUCCCCGACGAGCACGUAAUCGAGAAGAAGAUCGUCCAACUUCUCCGUUUGUAAGUGGGGUAGGAAAAAAGGAAAUCAUGUAAUUCUCGAACAGGAGGUUUUCCGCACAAAAGAAAACGUAAUGUCUUUUUCAGUGCUAUGCUGUUCCGAAUGAUUUCUUUUCUGCCUGUAGUAUGUGGUUGUGGUGUGGUGUGGUGUGGUA